AUGCUGCCUUCCCAGGAGGCCUCCAAGCUGUACCAUGACAACUACGUGCGGAACUCGCGGGCCAUCGGCGUGCUGUGGGCCAUCUUCACCAUCUGCUUCGCCAUCAUCAACGUGGUGGUGUUCAUCCAGCCCUACUGGGUGGGCGACAGCGUCAACACGCCCAAGCCCGGCUACUUCGGGCUCUUCCACUACUGCGUGGGCUCCGGGCUGGCGGGCCGCGAGCUGGCGUGCCGCGGCUCCUUCACCGACUUCAGCACCAUCCCCUCGGGCGCCUUCCAGGCCGCCGCCUUCUUCGUGCUGCUCUCCAUGGUGCUGACGCUGGGCUGCAUCACCUGCUUCGCCCUCUUCUUCUUCUGCAACACCGCCACCGUCUACAAGAUCUGCGCCUGGAUGCAGCUGCUGGCAGCUCUCUGCCUGGUGCUGGGCUGCAUGAUCUUCCCUGACGGCUGGGACGCGGAGACCAUCCGGGACAUGUGCGGGGAGAAGACGGGGAAGUACUCCCUGGGCGACUGCUCCGUGCGCUGGGCUUACAUCCUGGCCAUCAUCGGCAUCCUCAACGCCCUCAUCCUUUCCUUCCUGGCCUUCGUCCUCGGCAACCGGCAGAACGACCUGCUGCACGAGGAGCUCAAGACAGAGAGCAAAGAUUUUGUCGGCACUGCGAGGAUAUAAGGCCGAGCGUCCGCAGCAGGACCCUCCUCCCGCGGCCGGCAGCCUGGGCGCUCCCUCCCUGUCCUGCCCUUCAUCUGCUGCCGGUGGCCACGCAGCGCGCUGGGGACACGCCAGCCGCCCGCCGCGCCCACGUCCACGCCGGCACCGCCAUCCCAUGCACCCCGCCAGCCCCGCACCUCCGCCACCCGUAGGCCGCCG